UCUAAAUGGUCCUAAAUGGUGGGCGAGACUCCUUAUCUUGCCAAAUCAAGAAGAAGGAAACUCUCACUCUUCCACAUAUAUGAUCUAAAUGAUCUUCUGAUCUUUGUAUUCGAUCAGUCGUUUCGUCUUCUUUUCUUUUCCCGUUCAUCUUCUGAAGCGGAUCAGCAAGAGUUUGAAGAAACGAGAAAAAAAUGCUAACCAGUUUCGCUGGCACUGGCUUUGCAGGACACCAGUGGAUGAUCUUCGUUAAGUGAUAAAGAGGCGAACUCAUCUGAUUAAUUUGGAGAAGCAAAUUGAUUAGAUUGAUCAUAGCUGAAAGCAACCAAGCCUAACCUGCAAAACCAAUUCCACCACUAAAUCCGGCCAUUGUCUGUCCGGAUUCAUCGUCUGUCAUGGAUCAUGUGGCUACAUCAACUCCCAGUGAUGUAGAAAAUGAAUAUACAAGGGAUAAAACUAGUCAAUUCACAACGACUCAGACAUUCGAGAGCAAAGAAGAGCUUAUAAAGUGGGCCAAAGAAGUUGGGAGGUCGAAUGAUAUUACUGUUGUCGUGUUAAGAUCUGACAAGAAGAAACCUAGAGUUACAUUGGGUUGUGAGAAGAGCGGAAAAUAUGAUACCCGAUAUACUCGAGAAAAACCGAUGACGGAUAAGAAGGGCCGUCGAAAUACCGGAACUAAGAAGAGUGAUUGUCCUUUCCGGUUAACGGGCAAGAAGCUUCCCGCUGGUGAUGAGUGGGAGCUGACGGUAGUUGAAGGAAAGCAUAACCAUGAAGCAAAGGACACUAUUAGGAAGCAGGGACAUUCAUUUCAGGGUAGAUUAUCUCAAGAGGAAAAGUCAUUGGUGAAGGAUUGGCGUGAAACAGGGAAGCAGCCUAAGGAGAUAUUAGAAGAUCUAAAAAAGAGGGACACGCACAACAAAUCCACAGCUAGGACGAUACUCAAUGAAUGUCAACGUUUGGAGCGUUUGGAGGAUAAAAGAUGUCAAUUGCAACAAUUAGCGAGUCGCCCAGAGAAGCACAAUUUCAUCGAGAAGCACAGGAGGACUAGUCCAAAGAUGGACACAGCCUCGGACUUGUUUCUGACACACCGCAUUAGCUUGGAGUUGUUACUUGCAUUUCCAACUGUUUUGGAAAUACACUGGCAGGAGCGUCCUCCUAGUUCGACCAGGUUUAUCAUUCUCGGAAUUACGUCAACUGAUACUAUUUUUUUUGUCGCUUUUGCUAUCACUUCAAGAGAUGGAAGUAGUUAUGAAUGGGCCUUAAGCUCAUUGCGAGGUGUAAUGAAUGGUUACGGUAUUGCUAUGCCUGAUGUUGUGAUUCUGGAAACAUGGGCAGAUACGAUUCAGCUGGCUCCCAUGAAAAAAGUCGUUAACGACGUCUUCAGCACGGCUAAAGUUUUGUUAUCUAUGGCUAUCGUUCGUGAUUGGCUACAUGCUAUCAUUUAUGGUCCGCUAGAUGAUUAUUACAGUCCUUACACCCUGGUGAUACCUAAGUUGAAUUAUGAGGAGCGGAUUUCCUUUAGAAAGAAGUGGAAGUUAUUGGUAGAAUCCCCAACUGAAGCCGAUUUGGAACAACGUAUAAUGCAGCUACGCACCGAGUUUUGUAAGUAUCCGAAGAUACUUGAUUAUGUUACAGACACUUUGUUAGAGCCAUAUAAGGAAAUGUUCGUUGCGGCAUGGACAGAUAAAGUUAUGCACUUAGGCUGGAGCCAGGGGACGUGGGGGUGCCGCUACAGUUUUAAUCUGGCUUCUAUAUUAUCGAAUCGGUUAGCAGGGGUAGAGCAGAAAGUACCAACUGACAAAUUUUGGAAAGAUUUACAAGGGUGGAUUGAGAAUGACAACGUGAAUGUUAAACAAUCGUUGAAAAGUGAGAACUACGAUGGAUAUGGGUUCCCAGAGUUGAAGGGACUUUAUGGAACCGUUUCCCGUCGCGCAUUAACACUGCUCCGUGAGCAGACCGAUGUAGCCCGUCGGAGAGAUGUUGACAAUGGUGAGAACUGUCGUUGUGCCAUAAGAAGUACCCAUGGCUUACCUUGUGCGCAUCAAAUUGCUAAAUACAGGAGAGAAGGUCGACCUAUUCCACCAGAAUGCAUCAAUUCUCAUUGGAGGACACUUCAGUUGAAACCGUUAAGAGAGACCGGAGAGCCCAGUGUGGAAGGGAGGGUUAAGCGACGAAAGCUAAGUGACAAGAAGAAUACAGAUACUCAUUUUGUUCUACCCUUGCCUGAUGACAUUGUGGAAUCUGAGCGUAAUUCACCCAAUGCUGGUCCUUCUAUAGUGCCCUCAACACAAGACAGGCAGCCAGAUGAUGAGGUGUCUGACAUCCAAUCAACAAAUAAGCUACUUGAGCUUGUAAAUGUAAGUCCACUUGUAUUGCGGCCAUACGUCCUUGAUGUAAAGGACGUUCCAAGAGACGGCCAUUGCGGUUUUAGCACUAUUGCAUCAUUGUUGGGUAUCACCGAUGAGGAUGGACGGCCAGGAUGGGUGAAAGUACGAGAAGACUUACGAAAGGAGCUGAAGUUUCACCGAGAUCACUAUGCACAUCUUUUUGGGUCAAAACAUGAGGUUGAUGAUCUACUUCAUAGACUGGACUACUCCCUAAUACCUUGUCCAGAAAAGGAGCACUGGAUGAUUAUGCCAGAGAUGGGUCAUAUUAUAGCUUCUUGUUAUGGUGUUGUACUCAUUCUUCUGUCUUCUGUCCAAAACCAAUGCUUCACAUUCUUCCCGCUCCAGACUGCGCCGACAUUUGUAUCAUUACCUGCAGAGAUUGCCAUUGGAUUUUGUGAUGAACAUUUUGUGCAGGUCCUAUUCAAAGAGAACCAUAGGUAUCCUCAUCCCAUGCCUCCUCCAGCUGCCCUUCUGACCAAAAGAGAACCCUCAGAUUUUGAUAGACAUCAGCAACAACGUUCCAGAGAAUGGGCCACUCGAUACGAUGCUCGCAUGAAGCAAUUCAGCUCCUACUUACAGCCUAUGGUCGUGUCACAUGAGAAUCCAAUCGUUCUGGAUACUGUUUCCAGUAUGGACAUUUUUUGAGAUCAAGUGAAGAGCUUUUAUUAGAUGGAAACCUCAAAUGGACGUAACUACCAAUCAUAUCGUAUAACUCUGUACUCUCCUCCCUGUCUGCUAGAAUUUGAUGUCAUAAUCUAUUAUCAUUGAUGAUAUCCACGAACCGAUUGAGCUCUUUUACACGCCCCCUUUUUUUGGGCGGCAAUCCUACACGAUGAGCUAUAAUAUAUGCAACAUUUUCUACUCUAGAAACAUUUUCGAUCUUCUGUAGAAACUGUGGACUUUUUUGAUUCAUGGCGAGGGGACUGAACCCUUAAUUAGUAAAUUACAAUUUGUUGAUAACGAAGUACCAAUUUAUGUUUAGGAGCUAAAAACUCUGAUGUAAAACAGAGUUGCAGAAAUACAAGUUUAUGAAGAUUCAGUGGCAUUCAGUAACAAGAUCAGUGGUAAGAAUUAAGGUAUUCAGAAGCAGCCACUCCCAACAUGACCAUGCAUGCUUGAAGUUACAAGCACAGGAAUUAUUCAACAUAUACCACAAUCACCAAUCAAGUAUUC